ACAUUUCCUCUUCUUCCUUCCUUUGAUAUUCUACCUUUUAACCGGUCAAAUCUCUAACUCUCCUCCUUCUAUUAAUAAAUUCUUCUCAUUUUUCUCUUCUUUCCAUAAUCUCCAUUUUUUCCCAUUUCCAACUCUAGAUCUCUAUAACCCUAAAACAAAAUGGGCCAAUAUUCAUCCACCCACUGCGGCGGUGGGCCAAAACAUCGCCACCGCAGCCUUCAUCCUACCCCACUCCCCAAUCACCACCGUUCUGCCUCCGACCAUUCCCAGUCCGAUUUUUUCUCCCUUAUGAAUUCAGAUGAAGAUGAGUCACCGAUUCCGUUUGUUUUGGGGAACCGAGAUUAUACGGAUGAUCUUCCUGAUGAUUGUUUGGCUUUGAUUUUCCAGUGUUUGAGUUCCGGUGACCGGAAAAAGUGUUCCCUUGUCUCCCGGAGAUGGCUUUUGGUGGAGGGUCAAAGCCGUCACCGUCUUGCCCUCAACGCGAAAGUUGAGAUUCUUCCGCAUGUUCCCACCAUCUUCACUCGUUUCGAUUCUGUGACGAAACUUGCUCUCCGAUGUGACCGGAAAUCGGUAAGUAUAAAUGAUGAAGCUUUGACCCUUAUCUCCCUUCGUUGUUCUAAACUUAUUCGCCUAAAGCUUCGCGGUUGCCGUGAUGUUACUGAAGUGGGUAUGUCUGCUUUUGCUCGGAAUUGUAAGAGUUUGAAGAAAUUCUCUUGUGGGUCUUGCAUGUUUGGAGCCAAAGGUAUGAAUGCUUUGCUUGAUAACUGUUCUUCCCUUGAAGAAUUAUCUGUGAAACGUCUUCGGGGUAUCAAUGAUGGGUUUGCAGCUGACCCAAUUGGGCCAGGAGCUGCUGCUUCAUCGCUUAAAUCUAUAUGUUUGAAAGAGUUAUAUAAUGGACAAUGUUUUGCACCUUUGAUUACUGGGUCUAAGAAUUUAAAGACUUUGAAGUUGUUGAGGUGUUUAGGUGAUUGGGAUAGGCUUUUUGAGACAAUUGGAAGUAGGGAAAAUCAUGUUUCUGAGAUUCAUUUGGAGAGGCUUCAAGUUGGUGAUACUGGACUUACAGCAAUAUCUAAUUGUCCAAAGUUGGAGAUUCUGCAUUUGGUGAAGACACCAGAAUGCACUGAUGCUGGAGUUGUAGCAGUGGCUAAUAAGUGCAAGUUAUUGAGGAAGCUUCACAUUGAUGGAUGGAGGACAAAUAGGAUAGGGGAUGAGGGUUUAGUAGCAAUUGCUGAGAAUAGCUCAAAUCUCAAAGAAUUGGUGCUUAUUGGUCUGAAUCCUACGUCGACUAGUCUAUUGGCAAUAGCUUCUAAUUGUAAAAAGUUAGAAAGAUUGGCUCUUUGUGGUAGUGACACUAUUGGAGAUCCUGAAGUAUCUUGUAUUGCCACAAAAUGUAUGGCCUUGAAGAAGCUGUGUAUCAAGGGAUGUGAAGUAACGGAUCAAGGGAUUGAAUCUUUCGCUUGGGGUUGCCCUAAUUUGGUGAAAAUCAAGGUGAAGAAGUGCAAGCAUGUGACGGGUGAUGUUGCAGAUAGGUUACGAGCUAGGAGGCAAUCGCUAGCAGUGAAUCUUGAUGGUGGGGAAAUUGAUAUUGAACCUGUGGAUAGUAGUGCAAGUGAUGGUGGAGCAAUAGAAGAAGCAGCAGAGUUUCAACAUACUGCAGCUACACUACCCAUAAUUGGUGCUAGUGAUAUUCCAUCGACGAGCAAUGUAGGACGAUCAUCAGCAUCGAAGCCAUGGUUUGGCUUUUUCGGAGGAAGGGGCCUCGUUGCUAGCACUCUCCGUAGGUGGUCAAAUGGUAAUGGUGAGAGCUUAUGAAUAUUAUGAAGACUAAUGUUAAAAUUGAGAAAACAUACUGUUAAAUUUGUUUAGCUGUACUUGGUCCGGUUUCAACUUUUCUCAUUCAUCUUUUUUAGUUUUGAAUUUGUGGUCUUGAAUACAUUGUGCAGAUAUACAUCUCACUUCCCAA